CUGCCAUGGCUUAAAUUCAUUCUUUAAUGCCCUAAAACUUGAGAUAAAUGGGGAUUUUAGAUGCCAGUUUAACGUGAUACCCAUAUUUCUUUUAUGGAUAUAAUGCCUAAAGUUCAACUAAGACCACAUACUUCAUUUCUAGUGAAAUUGUUUAAGCAAUUGUGCCUUUGUAUAAAUUGUUAAAAUUCUGUUAAAUGUACAUUCAAGGUUAAACAUGGUUCUGCUUAUCAGGGAAUUCGUUUGACAAUAGGGUUAUGCUGAUAAUGCUUUCUGCAGAAUAUGGUGACUAUUCUAGCAGCCUGUGGAAUUGACCAUACUGAAUAAAGCAAAUUAAAAACUAUCAUCCUGUGUUGCUUUAAUUUUCAUUUUUCUUAAAGUAUCCAUGUUCAACACAUUCCCGGACGUGGCAUAUGACCCUCCAAAUACAUGAAAGGUUAUGUUACUCGGACUUCGGUGUAAGUAUUGGACAUAGGCAUCUGACCUGAGUAUUUUCAGUUUUUUCUAGGAUCGCAUGUAUUUGGAGGACUUUUGGAGGACUAUAUCUCGAUGCCCAUGUCUUUGCAUGUGUUGGAGAUGAAUUCAGACACAAUAGUUAUUUAGGCAAAAUGAAGAGUUGGGUUAAUAUAGAGAAAAACUUACCAAAAAAAAAAGUCAAACAUACCCAUAUAAGAUGCGUGCGUGUCACAUGUACCGAGUGUUGGUGCACUCAUAUGGUCCUCUGACUGCCUUUUUCGCUCCAAACUAUCAAACUGCAUGAAUUCUAAUGUUCGUUAGUCAGUUGUUUCAACUCAGUUUUGCCGUUUGAUUUUUAUUUGAUCACAAAAAAAUCCACUCCGCUAUUGGGUUAGAAAAGGUUUGAUCUAUUAUCUACCUAAACCCUAAACGUUCCUUUCUCCUUUCUUAACUACUGUUUUUUCCAUUCUUUUCAAAUACUUUCCUUCUGUCCUGUUUUCUUUCUCCCAGCCUCCUUUCUUGUCCUUUCUUUCUUCACACACACAAAUACGGUACAUUAGGUAGAGAAACCCUAAGUUUUGUUUAUCGUUUCUGUUAUUUGUGAUUUUUGAAAUCCCCUAAUUCAUUGGAGAUUCAUUUCAUGGAUGAAUAUGGUUUCCUGUUUUCUUAUUCAAAGAGUCACUGUUACGUUCCGUUGAAAUUAUGGAUCUCGGUGUGGGCUUCUGUUUUGGCGUUUGGGUCUGUGCCCUCCUUAGUUUAUGGCCUUUUGGGCUUUUAUCCCGCUUGGAGGCUGUCUGACCCUAUUUGCAAAUGCACAUUUAACACGGAGGGGUAUCUUCUAAGGCUUCGUCUUCCAGAAUGUUGGGUGGUCUCAAAACUGCAUAUGCUUAUUGAUGCUGUCACUGAGAGUUAUAACAAAUAUUUCUUUGGGGACGUUGGGAGAGAAAUAUAUGAUUUCUUUUGGGGUGAUUUUGCUGACCGAUAUAAUUAUUUAUCCUCGAAGCAAAGCAAAAGGGAAAGUAGGUGGGUUUUGAGGAUAGUUAAAAAUGGUUGGUCCUGGUUCAUUGGUGAUUGAUUUUAGGGUUUUCGGUUUUCAGAUUCAAAGAAUCACUGUUUUGUUCCGAUGAAAUUAUGUAUCUGUGCGGUAUUUUGUUUUUUUAUCUUGUACUAUAUGUUUAUUGUUUUUGAAUUGUCUAUUUCGCUCUGCUCGUAUUGUAUAUAUCUUGCUUUAUUGUUAUUA